AUGGGUCAACAUUUGUCUAGCAUCAAUUCACAAAUAGUUAAUUUACUUGAAUCAAAUUGUUCUAUUCCUAGUCCAACUGCAGUCGUAUCUGGUAUUGGUUCAGAAGAUGUUAGUUUAUUUUUAUCUUCAGAAAUUUCAUCGAACGCAAUUAAUGAUAAAUAUCAGAUAUCAAAACAAUGGACUAAACAAAUUCAAAAUUAUUUAUACCAUUUAAUACAUAUACCCGACUUUGAAAUAGUCAAUACUCAAAUGAAUAGUAUAUGUACAUCCAUUCUUACUGACUACCAACAAAUAAUACAAGAAUUAAAUAAUGAUUUUGAAAAAAAGGAACAAUUUAAAAUAUCUCUUUUAAAUAAACUUAAAAAUGAUAAUGAUAAUAAACAACAAUCUUCAUUAGCAUCAAAACUUUCUACUCUAUUUAAAUUUGCUGAAAAACAUGCAUUACCAGGAACACAUCAUUUACAUCAAUCAAUAAUAAUAGAUUCAUCAGCAUCAAGUAAUCGAGUUACAGAAAAACAGUUUGAAACAAUUUUAAACAAAUUUUUAACUUCCAAUAAAUCAUUGAAAAAUAUUCUAUUUGUCUUAAAUAAAUUUCUAUUCGAUACAAAUAAUGUUUAUGAUUUACGAAAUAUUUUAACACAAUUCAAUGAUCGAUUUUCAGGAAAUCGUCGUGAAUGGGAAAAUGAACAGAUGACAAAUAAUAAUAAAACAGUAAAACAAACAAUAGAUGCAAAAUUAUUUGCUCAUUUAACUUUAAUUGGAGCAUAUCCAAAUAGUCGACUUAAAAAUAUGGUUAGAAAACAAUUUACAGGACAAUUUAUAUCAUUUUUUAUAUUUACACAUAUUAAUUUUCAUAAUACAAUCAAUACGAAUAAACAAUUUAAUUCUGGUUCAAUUGAUAAAUCAAUGUCAUUUGAAUUUCAUCCCGAUACAUAUAAACAAUUAUUUGACAUUAUCAAACAAUUAUCAGUAAUAUCAACGAAAGAUUUAAAUAUAAAUCUUAUUUAUAUAUUAAUAGUUUGUUUGAGAUUAUUUACAACACAUUUAAAAUUUCUAUUUGUAAUAACAACAAAUUCAUUUAAUAAUUUAUUAUUAACAAAUGAGAAUAGAACAACAAUCAAUCGUAUUGAUCAAGAAAUUAAUUUAAAUGAAUUGGCUAUUUCUAAUGAUGAUCUACAAUUAUGGUUUGAUACUUUAUUAAUAUUAGCUUGUCAAGAGAGUAUAAAACCAGAACAAACGACAAUUAAUAGUCAAGCAUCAAAAUGUCUUAUUCAAAUUCUUGAUAGGAAAGUAUCUUCAUUUACAGAAAAAUUAUCUUUUAUUCAUCAAUAUGUUAGCGAAAAUAAAUAUUUUAUAUUAGUUGAAGAAUUAUUAAUAGAAUUUAAUACUAAUACAACAUUAUUCAAUUGGAUUGAUGUAUUAUGUAAUAAUAAUUUUGACAAUACAAAUGCAUUUAAUAUAUUAUAUUUAUUUUUGGAUAUUUAUUUUAAUCCUUCAAAUGAUAUGAAACCAAGAAUAAAACAACAAAUUCAACAAAUAAUACAACGAUUUCAACAACUUAUUUUCAUGCAAUUAUCAUCAACAUAUUCUCUUGCAAAUAAAUAUAUUUCUUAUAUAUUAAAUAAUUUCAAUAGUAAAUCAGAAAUAGUAAACGAUUUAUUGAAUCCAAUUCUUAUUGGCCUCGGUUUAAUGACAGAAACACAUUUUAAUUUUACAACAAUUCAAGCAAUAAUUACUUAUGUUUUACCGUUACUAGCAGAAUUUAUAUUAAAAAAUUCAAUCAAUGAAAAUAUAAUAGCUAAUAAUCUACAUUACAUUUAUUGGCUAUUAGGUAAAAUGAGUUAUAUUUUGAUAGGAGGUCCACAAAAUAAUGUAUUAGAAAUAAAAUAUAUCGAAAAGCUACAAUCUCCUCUGUUUGCUGGUGGAUGUGAAAAAUUAACUAUCGAAAGUAAUCAAUAUCUAUUGAAUUUAUUUGAAUCGAAUAUAGUCGAUUAUAUUCAACUUAAAACAACAGAUUAUAAUUUUGAACAAUCAUUAUUCGAUCAUGAAUUUUUAAUGUCAAUUUAUAAUAAUAUUAAUCAAGGUGCACAAUUAAUAUCAAAAAUAAAAAUGUUUAUCAAAGAUAAACAAUAUUUAUUACAAAAAUCAAUAGAACAACAAGCUAAUCAUGCAUGUGCAGCUUUAUUUGCUGUUUAUAUUAAAUUUUUUCGUCGAAUCAAUUUAGCUAAAUAUGAACUUACUAGAACAGAUGAUAAAAAACCACAUAAAAAACUUUUAUCUAUUUUUGAAUAUGCUACACAUGUUUAUAUAUUAUUUGCUAGAACAAAAGGACAAGGUGGUAAUUGUGAUGAACUUUAUGAUCAAAUUAAAAUGAAUACAUUAUUUUUGUUAACAUCUAUUAAAGAAAGUAAUUUAAUUUCAAUAAUUGAAUAUGAAAUUGAUGAAACAAUAAAUAAAACAAAAUUAAAACAUCAAUAUUCACGAAAAAUAAUAAAAAAAUAUGAUUUUAGAUUAUUGAGAAAUAUGUUUCAAGCUUGUACGCGUUUUAAAAAAAUAAUGUUAACAAAAAAGAAAAUUAAUGAAGAAAAACAAAAAAAUGAAAAUAUUCUACGACGAACUAUUGAUAAUUAUAUAUUUAAUGAAAAAAACUUUGAAUCAAAUGAAUUAAUACAAUGUAUGUCACGGCAAUAUGAACGUGCAAUGAUAAGAUUAAUAAUAUAUAAAUUUAUUUAUAAAUUUAUACAAAAAAUAUUUGAUUACAAAGAUAAAAAUCAAAUUCUUACAUGUUUAAGAAUUUAUUUACCAUAUUUAAGAAAAACAAAUAUUGAAUGGUCAUAUUUAGAAAAUAUAUCAGCAGCAAAUAUUCAAUUAAAAGAAGAUAUCACUAAGAAUUAUUAUUUAAUUAUUAAAAAAAUCUUUUCUUAUUUAUUACAAUCAACAAGUAUUGAUCAAGUCACAUUAGUACAGAAUGUGUUCUAUUUACUUAAUUUAUCAUAUGAACUAACAGAUAUUUAUUAUUUAUAUAAUAAUGAAUUUCUUGAAAUUUUAAAUAAUACAUUUUUAAAUUCGAAUCUUGAUAUAAAGUUUAUUAGUUACAAUUGGUUUCGUUUGUAUGUAUUGAAAUUUUGUGAAAAUUUCCAAUUAGAAUCAAAUUUAGUAUUAAACGAAAUACAAGAAUUAAUUUUUAAUAAAAUAAUUUUAACUGAAUUAAAAUUAUUUAAACAAUUAUCUUCAAUAAAUAUAGAAAACAAAGUUAUAGACGAAAAAAAUUCAUUCAAUAAUGUUACUAUUGAAUGGUUUAUAAAAGCAAAAGACACAAGUAAUGUAUCAACGAAAUUUGAAAUUGAUCUUUAUAUUAAUCAAUAUUUAAUGAUUCUAUUACGAUGUAUUCAUUUCUAUGAACAUGUACAAUCAUAUUGUGCAACUGAUAAAUAUAUUGAAGAACUAAUUUAUCUAUAUCAAAAUAGUCAAAAUCAAAUAACUUGUUUGCUUUCAUUAAAAAUUCUACGCAAAUUAAUUAUAUUUCUAUCUGAAGAUCUUAAUGAACAAUCAAAAUUAAUGAUGAAUAAUUUUUUAACGAAUAUUUUAUUUUCAAUUAAUAAGACGACAACAGACAUAACCACUGAAUUAAUUUACUUUUAUCGAACUAUUAUGUCAUCUAAAUCACCAUUGCAAACAAUGGCUAUUCAGCUGAUUUUAGAUACUAUUACAUCUAAUUUGAAAUUAUUUCAAUCGAUUGAUAAUGUUCUAUCAUCAUUAUGUAUAUUAGGAGGUUAUAUUCAACCUUUUUGUUUAGGUUCAAUUGUAGAAAUUCAUGAUAUUGAUGAAACUCAACUGGGAAUUAUUAUUGAUAUAAAUAAAAAUGUUCGUGAUUUGAAUACAACGGAUACAUUACCUUAUCUUGUUCAAUUUAUUCAAACAAAUGAAACUAAAUGGAUAAGAGAAGAUAAAUUAAGAAUUCAAGUAGAUGUUCCAGCACCAAAUCUUCUUGAAUUAACUGGUACAAAUGAAUUUAUAGAUUUGUUAUUUGAUGCAUUAGCAUAUUUUGUACAAAUUGAUAAAUCAACAAUAGAUUCUUUACUAUUAUUACAAUUAAAACGUCGAUCAAUUUUGGUUUUAUAUCGAAUAUUAAAUCAUAAAAAACUUGUAGAUAUUUUCAUACAAAAACCAUAUAUAUCAAUCAUAGCUCAAUUAUCUAUAUCAGCUUUAUUAUUAAAACCAUCUGAAAAACCAACAGAUUUACAAUUAUUAAAUAAACAUCAAUUAGAACAAUAUUGUUUAAGUUUGGAUCGUUGUAAAUAUUAUAAACAAAUUUUUGAUAAUACAAAUAAAACAAAUAAUGAUGAAUUUAUUAUUUGGACAAAGAUUCCAUUUAAAACAGAUUUAUUAACAGAUGAUUUAUCAUCAACAAAUGAAUGGAAAUCAUCUAUGUCAAAAAGAGAUAUUCAAUUAUUUAAAAAAGGUCGAUUAGGAAAUGAUGAAAUUAAAAUUAUAGAAUUAUCAUCUCAACUUUCUGGUAAAUGGUUUACAGAAGAAUGUGGUAUAACACAUCGAUUUCCAGGACGUGUUUAUUUAGUAUCUGAAAAUUCGAAUGCAUUAUCAGCUAUAUUUAUUAUUGAGAAUUUACAAUUAACUGAAGGUAAUUGGUAUUUUUGUAUUCGAUUAUUACAAUCAACAUCAGUACGUAUUGGAUGGGCAACAAAUGGAUUUAAAUCAAAUCAUUCUAUUGGAAUAGGUAAUGAUCAAUAUUCUUGGUCAUAUGAUGGAUCUCAAGGUAUGAUUUAUCAUAAUGAACAAUAUCCAUUUGAAUUUGAAAAUAUUCGUUGGAGUAUAAAUGAUGUUUGUGGUUGUGGAAUUGAAAUUAAUGGUGAUAAUAUACGAAUUAAUUAUUGGAUAAAUGGAUAUUUUUUAGGUACAGCUUUUGCUCAUCAAUUACCAAUUAAUUCAACAACAACUAUAUGUAAUAUGUUACCAAAUGGACAUCGAACAAGUUAUUUUCCUGGUGUUAGUUUAAAUGUAAAUGAUACAUCAAUUUUAAGUAGUUAUGAAUUUAUAUUUCAUCCAAUGGAUAUGUUUGAAUGUCCAUUACCAAACGGUUAUAAACCAUUAGUAGUUCCGACUCUAUUAGAUAUUGAUGAUUUAUUUGUUCCUUAUCCAUUUAAUGCUUAUUUAAUUGGUACUAAAAUAGAAGAUUAUACUAUUCACAAACGAAAUAAUAAAUCAAUUCAAUUUUUACGUGAUUUUAUUAAUAAUCAUCAUCUUGAAUGUAAAUUUAUAUUAGAUAAUCAUCAAUUAAUAUUAACAGAACAAAGUCAAGGUUUUCCAUUAACUAUAGAUUAUAAUGAAUCAUUAACAAUUAGUUUUAAUUUUUCAAUUUUAAAGAUUCCUAAUGAUUAUUUUGAUAUUUCAUUAUUAACAUUUAACAUACAAGAUACAUAUUCAAUACGAAUACCAAUUAAUAAAAUUACGAAUAAUACACAAAUAGCAAUUGUAAUUCAAACAAAUGAACGAAAGAUAAAAGUCUAUAUUAAUAAUGAAUGUCGAAUAUUCGACUGUCCAAUUAUAACAAAAUUUAAUAUUCAUAUUCUACCAAUAAUAUCUGUUGGAAUUCAAAAUUUUGCUAUUUGGAAAUAUGCAUUAUCUGAAGAACAUAUUCAACGUUUAUUUACUUCUGGUUUAUCCUAUGUUGCAAUUGAUUAUUAUCGAUUAAAUCAAUAUCAAAAACAAGUAAAUACACUUACAUUUACUACGAAUCAACAAUAUUUUGAAAAUGAUUUACUUAUUCCAUUUAAUGAAUCAUUUGAUGAGAUUAAAUGGGAGAAAAAGAAAAUAGAAUCUGAUGAAGAUGAAUCAAAAUAUUUUAAUACAAACAAUGGAAAUAUACAAUUAUUUGGAAAUAAAACUUAUUUUGUUUUAGAUAAAUCAAUUGACCCAUGGCUUGAAUAUACACUCAUUUUUGAUAUAUCUAUUAAUUACUUACCAAUAACAUUAGUUAGAUUAAAUACACAAACAGAAAUAUGUAUAACACAUGAUGGUCAACUUUAUAUAUUGAUUAAUAAUGAAAAAACUAUUCAAAGUGAAUUAAAAUUGAAUUUAAAUGAAUAUAUACGUUUAAUAAUUUCUGUUCAUGAUAAAUCUAUUAAAAUCUAUAUUAAUGGAUUAUUAAAUCUUGAUGCAAAUCUAGACAAUAAUCAAUUGAUAAUAAAAGAUAAACGAAUUGAUCUAUUUAAAGAAUUAGAUUUAACAAAAAACAUAAUUAGUGAAGAUACACUUCGAAUCGAAUGUAAAUCAAUAACUUAUCUAAAUAAAGCAAUAAAUGAAAUUAAUGAAAAAAUGACAUCAGCAAAUAAUUCAUUAGAAAGUUUAGUUACAUUAUCAUAUUCAAUUAUUUCACCAAGUUUAAUUCGUAUUGGAUAUGAUGAAUUAUCAAUAAAACUUGCUAUGAAACAAACUAUAACUAGAAAUAUUCAAUUAAUUGAUACAAUUUUACGUGAAAAAAAAUUUAAUAAAUAUAAUGAAAAUAUUUUAUCAAAACUUGGAUUUUCAAUUAAUCAAGAAAAAUUAAAAGAUUUAUUUGAAUUUUCUCAAUUUGAUACUGAAGAAAAAGUAAUAAAUCUUGCUGAAGUAUUAUUUAUUCAUUGGAAUGAUAUUCAAAUAUUAUCACCAUUAUCAAUCGAUAAAAAUUGGUUUCAACAAACAAUUGAUCAUUUAAAUAUUAAUAAUAAUCUUACUGAAUGGAUUCAAGAUAAAUCACAAAUAACUGAACAAACUGAUCUUAUUUAUCAAUUAAUUGAUUUAAAUCAAUCUAUUCAAGAAAAAUCAAUACUAAUCAAUGAUAAUCAAUGGAAAUAUCUAGAUAUGACUCAACUAAAAUAUCAUGAAUCUCGUAUUUCUUGUGAAUAUCGAUUAAUUGCAAUCUAUUCACAUUAUAUAAUUUUAAAUAUGUUAAGAAUUUGGUCUUAUGAUGGAUCAUCUUUAUUUCCAUUAGAAAAAUUUGGUGAUUGUAAAUUUAUUGUUAAACUAUUACGAUUAUUAGACUAUCAUUAUAGAUAUACACGUUUACAUACAGAUGAAACUAUUGAUCGUAUGAGUUUAUUAAUAAAUUCGAUUAUUAAAAUUGAAUUAAAUGAAUUAAUUAAAUAUUAUAAAAUAAAACAUAAUAAUAUAACUUAUGAUAUUUUACAAUCCAAAGCACCAUUACUUUAUCAUUUACAAAAAGAUAUUAUGAUUCAAUCAAUUAAAAUUUGCAUUGAUCCAUCAUUAUUAAUCUUAGAAAAUAAUGAUGAAUAUGAAAUUGAAAAACCAAAUUUUAAAUUUAUUCUUAAACUAGUUCAAUUAUUUGUUAAAUUAAUUUCUGAAAAAUCAACAAUAAAACAAGAAGAUAUUGAUGUAUUAAUUUCAUUAUUAUUUCCAGAAUCUUUAAUCAAUGUAUUAUUCAAUCUAUUUAUUUUAAAUCCUAAACAUGAAAAUAAAAGUAUUAUUCUACGUUUAUUUUCUACUCUAAUUCAAACAAGUCAUAAUUUUAAUUUAAACAAAAAUAUUCAAAAUUUUUUAUUUCAUUUAUUUACUGAAUUACCACCAAAUUCUACUUCAAUAAAUACUCAAACAAUGAGAACAUUUCAAAUAGCUAUUAUGGAUUUAGUUUAUCUCUUAGUUGAAAGACAAAAAUAUCAAUUAACAUCAAUAGAUACAAUCAAUGAAUUAGUAUUUAAAUUACCUAAAAGUUUUCAUGAUUUAAUAUUAAUGAUUGAUGUUAUUAAAGCUUUAACUGAUAAAACAAAACAAACAUCAUUUCCAGACAUGUUUAUAAUACAAUCAAUUAUCUUAUUAGGUGAAAAUCUUCAAUUAACUAGAGAUGAUAUUGAAAAAUCAAAUAAUCAUUUUGAUACAAUAUCUGAUUUACAAUUAAUUCAUUUUAUGAAUAAUAAUCAACUUUUAAAAAUAUCUUUUAUUGAAUUUAUUCAUAGUUUACCAACUGAAUCUAUAUCUAAUUCAUCAUAUUACAGAAGUUAUCCAUCAUUAUGGCAUAUUCCAGCUAUCUCUAUUCAAAUUCGUGCUAAAAUUAUCUAUGAAUUAAAUAUAAUCUUAGAAAAAUUAGUUGCAUUUAUUGAUCUUAGUCUAUAUCCUGGACAAAGUAUUCUUACAGAUAAUAUUCAAAAAAUAAAAUCAUAUAUUUUAUACGAAACAAAAUCUAAACUUUUCGAUACAACUGUAACCAUAACGUCAUUAGAAACAGAUAAUGAUAUUCCGACAGUUAAUUUCGAUACAGUUAAAGCAAGUUCAAAUACAACAUAUACAAUGUUUAAUCAAGCUUAUGAACAAUUACAUAAUAAUGCACAUAUAACAUUUCGAAAAGAAUAUGAUCAAGUAUGGCGUGCACAAUAUCUUGCUAUGCAUAGUACUGAUCAAGGUGGACCAUUUCGUGAUUCUGUAACAUGUAUUUGUUCUGAUAUAUGUAGUACACGAUUAUCAUUAUUUAUAUUAUGUCCAAAUGGACGAACAAAUAGUGGUUUAAAUGAUGAUCGUUGGAUUCCGAAUAUAUUUCCACCAAAUGAAUCAAUUCCAAAUCGAAUAAAAAAACAAUAUCAAUUUAUUGGACAAUUAAUGGGUAUGGCUAUACGAAAGAAACAUUAUUUAUAUUUAAAAUUUUCUAGCUUAUUAUGGAAACAAUUAGUUCGAGAACAAAUAACUAUUGAAGAUAUUGAAAAUAUUGAUGUACAAAGUUUUACAAUGAUUAAUGAAAUGGAAAAAACUAUAAAACAAAAUAAUUCAUCAAUUGAUACAAAUGAAUUUCUUAGUAGUAUUUUAGAUGAACUUCGAUUUGAAGUUGUAAGUUCAAAUGGACCAACUUAUGAACUCGUUCCGAAUGGUAAACAUAUUCCAAUAGCAAUUUCUAAUUUUAAAGACUAUUGUUCAUGUUAUCGUGAAUAUCGUUUAAAUGAAUUUCAUCGACAAAUUGAAUGUAUUCGUCAAGGUUUAUAUAGCGUUGUUCCAGGUUAUUUUUUAGUUUUGUUUACAGCUAGUGAACUUGAAGAAAUGAUAUGUGGAAAAGGAGAGAUGGAUGUGGAAUUAUUAAAAAGAAAUACCUCAUACGGUGGUCAUUACAAUAAAGAUUCACCAUCUAUUCAACGAUUAUGGACAAUUCUAAGAGAAAUAUUCAAUGAAGAACAGAAAAAAUUGUUUUUAAAAUUUGUUUGGGGACGAUGUACAUUACCAAAUUGUGAUGAUGACUUUGGAACAAAAUUUCGCAUUGAACCAUAUAUUCUAUCCAAUGAAUUCAUCGAUGGAGCACUGCCAAGAGCUCAUACAUGUACUUUUGUACUUGAUUUACCUGAUUAUUCAACGAUAGAUAUCAUGUAUGAUCGUUUGAAUUAUGCUAUAACUUAUUGUUCAAGUAUCGAUGGAGAUGGGAACAUGAAUGAAGCACCUAUAUCAACUGAUUUAGAAUCUGAUUCAGCAACAGAAGAAUAA